AUGAGGGCCUGCUUAGUAUUCCUUUGCCUACUGGCAGCAACAUUUGCCCUGUCUGUAAAGAGUAAACCUCAUGGAAAACAUCAUGGAUUGCAUAAGUCUUCCCAUAAAGCCGAAGAAAAGGCCUUUGUCACAGAGGAAGCCAACGAGCCACAGAUCUUACCCACUCUAGUCACGUUUGAGGCCAGCAGCCUGGAGCAGGAAGAUGAAGAACUGAGCUCCCAAGACAAUGCUAACAUUAACAAGGAGGGAGAGUUUGAGGAGACCGAUGGGAGCGACAAAAGCACUGCAGUCCUGCUGAGCGAGGAGGAGUUGGUAGACCUUUUGAAGAAAGAAGCAGAAGAAGAGGAGGAAGGGGAAGAAAGAGUACUAGAGGAAGAGAAAGAAGUGGAGAUGGACAAAGGCAAGGUGGAGCCUGAGGCCGUGGAGGACGACGAAGCUGAGGCAAAGGAGAGGAAGCUGGACGACAAACUAGAAAUAGAGGUGAUAAAUGAGGAAGAAGAAGUAAAGGAUGAGAGUGUAGAAGAUACUGAAAUGCUGGAGAAGGAUGAAGAUGAGGGGGGAAAUGUUUCACUCAAGGAAAAGGAGGACAAGUCUGUUGUAAAAAUAGCAGAUGGAGAGGAGCAAGGUUCAUUUCUGGAGGAAACAGAUGGAAGCACAGAGGUAGAGAUCCCCGUUGAUCUUGAUUAUGCUGCUGAUAGCGGCAUCUUACAACCUCUACAGAUUGUAUCUGCUAAAAUAAAAACCGAAACAGAUGUUAAAGAGAGGGAAAACCAUGAGCAAGGACCGGCCUCCAUUGCAGAGGACUUUGAACACGACACUGAACACAUGGAGGCUGUGGACAGUGAGGAAGUGUCUGAUCAGGACACGGACAAAGAUGCACAGGCCAAAUCCAGAGAUGUUGAUGAGAAGAAAACGGAAGCAAAUGUGGACCCUCAACAACCAAAGAGCAGUCCAGGGUUUGAACUCGGUUCUGAACUGUCUGCCAAGGAGGAGGAGAAAAGUAAGAAUGACAGCGCAAGUUACACCAAGGGAAAAACGAGGAAGCAAAAGAAGAACAAGAGGGCAAGGAAGCACUCUCCUCAGACUGAGGAAACAGAGUCUGUAACAGAACAGAGCCAACAGGUUCCUCAGGUGUCCGAGGGCAGCAGUAUUGACAACAAAGCCCAAAAGGCAAAAAGGAGAAGGGCAGGAAAAUGGGGUCCUUUAGUAGGAAUGAAUCCAGUGCAGAUAAGAGCCACAGUGGAUCUCUACCCCGGCUCCAGGCCCUCUCUUGGUGGAGGCGUACAUCACCCAGAAGCCCCUGCUGAUCCGUGUGAUAACUUUCCCUGCAAACGUGGAAAGACGUGUAAACUCGAUGCGGAGAAUAAGCCGAGCUGUGUGUGUGAAGAGCCAUCAGAAUGUCCUCCCAGUGUGAAUGAGUUCGAUCAUGUUUGUGGAACAAACAACAAAACAUAUAAUUCAUCGUGUGAACUCUUUGCUACUAAAUGCAACCUGGAGGGCACUAAGAGAGGACACAGACUUCAUCUGGACUACACUGGUCCAUGCAAACUAAUACCUCUAUGUGUGGACACUGAGCUGGUCCAGUUCCCUCUACGAAUGAGGGAUUGGCUAAAAAAUGUGCUGCUGCAGCUCUAUGAACACGACUCCAUGUCUCCUGGCUUCCUCACACCUAAACAGCGUUUUAGAGUGAAGAAAAUCUUUGAGAGUGAGAGGCGUCUCCAUGCUGGGGACUACUCUGUUGAGCUGCUCGCGCAGGACUUUGAGAAGAACUACAAUAUGUACAUCUAUCCAGUGCACUGGCAGUUCGCACAACUGGACCAACACCCUUCUGACAGAGUCUUGUCCCACUCAGAGCUGGCCCCACUUCGAGUCCCUCUGGUGCCGAUGGAGCACUGCACCUCCCGCUUCUUUCAAGAGUGCGAUGCUGACAAGGACAAGCAGGUGUCCUUUAAAGAGUGGACUUCCUGUUUUGGUAUCAAUAAUGAUGAUAUGGAUGCCAACCUGCUAUUCUGA